AUGCCAUUCUCACGCUCUUUAACCGUCGUCGGUUGCCAUUCCGAAGGUGAGGUCGGCGAUGUUAUAACCGGAGGAGUCCUUGAUGUGCCAGGGAAAACGAUGUACGAGAAGCUUGUUCACAUCUCUACGAAAAAAGAUUAUAUGCGCCAACUCCUUCUCAACGAGCCACGAGGCCGAGCAUCUAUGAACACAAACCUUGUUCUUCCCCCUUGCGACCCCAAAGCAGAUGCCGGAUUCUUAAUUAUGGAGAGUGAGGAGUAUGCACCCAUGUCUGGAUCCAACAUAAUCUGUACAACAACUGUGCUUCUGGAAACUGGGAUGAUUCCCAUGAAAGAGCCCAUAACCGAAGUCUCUCUGGAUACUGCAGCAGGACUGGUGACUGUUACUGCAGAAUGCGAGGCGGGAAAAUGCAAGAAUGUCGAAUUCAACAAUGUGCCCUCAUUCGUCCUCGAGCUUGAUUACAAACUCAAAGUUCCAGGCAUCGGAGAGGUAGUGGUCGAUAUCGCCUAUGGAGGAAUGAUGUAUGUGCUGGUCGAUGCUGCCUCUCUAGGCCUCAAGGUUCAUAAUCAGCACGCUCGCCAAUUGGUAGAAACUGGGGAGCGCAUUAAAAGAGCACUUGAGGCCGCUUACACGCCUGUACACCCCGAUAACUCCGGGAUUACAGGUUUCAGUGUUCUGGAAUUCACAGAGCCAUUAAGAAUCGAAGAUGGCUGCAAGGUCGCUGCGAAUGCUGUAGUGGUUUCUCCGGGCAGGUUCGACCGGAGUCCUUGCGGCACCGGGACGUCUGCUCGAUUGGCGGUUCUGCAUGCCCGAGGCCAAAUCAAACAAGGCGAGAACUUCAAGCAUCGGAGUAUCCUGGGUACCGAGUUUAUGAGCCGAAUUCGUGGGACAUCUCGGGUUGGGUCUUACCCGGCUGUUCUUCCUACUGUCAAAGGUCGAGCCUGGAUAACGAGCUUCAAGCAAGUUGUUCUAGACUCCACUGACCCGUUCCCAGAGGGAUUUCGUGUGGGAGACCAGUGGCAUAUGCCACCAAAUUGA